AAAAGAAAACCGCGAACAUCAUUCAUAUGAUGAUGAUGAUAAUCAUUCUCGCAAGUUUUCUUUUCAUUUCUUUGUUAGUUAUCCUCGUUAAGAAGCUAUUGUGGACUCCAUUUCAUGUACAAUUUAUGAUGAGAUCUCAAGGUAUACAAGGUCCUUCUUACAAGUUCCUACAUGGAAACUUCAAAGAGAUUUUUGAAAUUAAAAAAGAGUCCAUAAACAAAGCCAUGGAUCACUCGUCACAUGACAUAUUUCCAAGAGUUCUACCUCAUAUAUUUUCUUGGAAGAAACUAUAUGGGCCAAAUUUUCUCUACUGGUAUGGACUGCAACCUGAACUAGUAGUGACUGAACCAGAACUUCUCAAAGAAAUACUGAGCAAUAGAAACAACAAUUAUCCCAAAAUGGAUCUUGAAGGUUUUCCCAAGAAGCUUUUUGGAGACGGGGUUUCGUCAUCUAAAGGCGAAAAAUGGGUAAAAAUGAGGAAACUAGCCAACCAUGUUUUUCAUGGAGAAAGCCUAAAAAGUAUGAUUCCGAUGAUGAUUAUGAGUUGUGAGACAAUGCUCGAACGUUGGAAGAUUUAUGAAGAUAAAGAAAUUGAAGUGUUUGAAGAGUUUAGGCUAUUAACAUCAGAAAUCAUUUCCAGGACUGCUUUUGGAAGUAGUUACUCAGAAGGAAAGAACAUAUUUCAGAUGCUAAUGAAGUUAGCUUCACUAGUUUCCGGAAAUGCUAACAAAGUUAGAUUUCCAGGCAUCAGUCAAAUUUGGAAAAGCUAUGAUGAAAUAGAGUCAGAGAAACUCGAGCAGGGCAUACAUGACUGCAUUACUCGAAUAAUAAAGAAAAGAGAAGAGGAAAAGAUUGGUGAAGACCAUAACUUUGGAAGUGAUUUCCUUGGAAAACUCCUAGAGGCUUAUCAAGAUAACAGAAUAUCGAUAGACGAUAUCAUUGAUGAGUGCAAGACAUUUUAUUUUGCUGGUCACGAGACGACAAGUAUUUUGCUUGGAUGGACAAUCUUCUUGCUAGCUACAAACAAGAAGUGGCAAGAAAGAGCAAGAAAAGAAGUUGUUGAAUCAUUUGGCCACAAAGUUCCUAAUGCAGAUGGCCUAUCAAGACUGAAAAUUAUGAACAUGAUUCUUGAUGAAUCUCUAAGAUUGUACCCUCCAGUGCCAUUCAUAAAAAGGAAAGUUGACAAGAAAGUUGAGCUAGGAAAGCUAACUUUACCACCUGAAAUGCAUUUCUAUAUAUCAGCAUUAGCAGUUCAACAUGAUUGUAAAAUAUGGGGAGAAGACUUUCAUGUUUUCAAACCAGACAGAUUUGCUGAAGGAGUAGUGAAAGCUUCAAACAACAAUCCAGUAGCAUACUUGCCAUUUGGCAAUGGACCUCGAACUUGUUUAGGCUUGAACUUUGCAAUGACAGAAGCAAAAAUUACUCUUUCGAUGAUCCUACAACGUUAUAUGUUUACGAUUUCACCAACUUAUGUUCACUCUCCUGCUCAUCUUUUUAUGCUUCGUCCACAGCAUGGAGUUAAAGUCAUUCUCCACAAGAUUUAAGAUGUAUAUAAAGAUGGAGUGGGAUUGAGUUUAAACUGAAGUAUAAUUGUACUUAUAUUUGUCCAAGCAAAUAAAACUAUGCAUUUAUGUGAAAUGUCUAUUGAGUUCAACAA